GCGACCCGCCAGUCGUUUCGAAGCCGUCGUGCUGACCGGGUGUGUCGUCGAGAGAGCAGAGCCGCGCCGGUUGCUAUCUCUCCCUCUCUUGUUCCUCUCUCUUUCUCUCUCUCCAUCUCACUCCCCCUAUCGUUCUCCUCCCUCUUUCUUCCCGCACGAGGCAGAGAGAGCCCCCAGACCUGGUCGACGUCGUCCGACGAGAAGUCCGCCAGUACGCGUCGCACUUUCCUCUUCGCUUGCCGCGAGUAUACCGUGUUGUUGACCAUGAAGGGUGCUAUCGUCGUUCUGCUGCUGGCAGUGCUCCAAGCCGACAUGAGCAACGCCGUCGAUCCGAAGGCCUUCUUCACGUCCGCGAAGGACAACCUGACGCAGAUCGUCUGGGCCCAUGCAGUGAACAGCGCGAAGGACCUGGAAGAUAAUCUUGCGAAGAAAACGGAGCUGAUGCUGGAGGCCGACGUGAAGAUGGGCAAGAAGACGAAUUCGAACAUGGCUGACGAGGUCCCGAUAAUGUCCCACGAUGGUAAGACUAGCGAUCUGACCCUGCAGGACUUCGUGGAUAAAGUGAAUCAGACGUCAGGCAUCAAUAAGGGUGUGAAGUUGGACUUCAAGGAAACGGAUGCUGUCACAAAGAGCAUGGACAUACUGGCCAAACUGAACAACGCGCCAUUCCCGGUGUUCCUCAACGCGGACAUUCUCAAAGGGUCCGCGGCCAAUCAAGAACCCGCAGUCAGCAAAGACACCUUCCUGAACACCGUCAAGGUGUAUAAAAACGUUAUCGUGUCCCUGGGCUGGACCACUACUGACGGGAAGAAGGACGCGAACUACACCAACGAGGAUGUCGAAGGGAUGUUGAAGGUAGUGAAGGACAGCCAACUAAACCAGUCGAUGAUCACUUACGCGGUGCGAGCAUCCGCAGCCUCGGUGAGCCACAACCAGAUGAAGAAUCUUUUGAAGGAUACCAACAGCACGUUGACAGUCUGGUCCGGCAAGGACGACGAAGUUGACGCGAAGAAGUUGUCGGAGCUGGUCAAAGACAUCGGUGUCAAUAAAGUGUACCUCGACGUGACAGACGAACUGAAGAACAAGCUGGAACUGAACGGAGCGUCCGGUAUGACCGUCGCCACGAUGACGAUCCUCGGCUCCCUCUUCGUCAGCCUCUUCCUCAACGGGAUGCCGCGAAGCGGUUGAACAAGCCGUCGUCCAACACCCCGCGCACCGAAGAGAUUUCAGGGCAGAGCUGGGCAGACUGAUCACCUAACGGAGACAUUUAUCCGGCGGGUCUCGCGAGGUCUUCUAAAUUAAGAACUCUCCUGGACCGCGAGAACUUCCGUCGAACGGCUCCGAUCGUGGACGCCGUCUUUCGAGGGGGCAGUCCAGGUCGCCGGAGAGCGCCAGCACCCGAGACACUCGAGACAUCUGUCUCUCGCUGGAAGCCUUUCGACGGAAGUCGCCGAAGACCUCGGCUUCCCGGAUAAAAGCCGGGACGGGUCUGAUUUCGUGGCCGUCGGUGACGGAUCCGCGAUUUUUCAAAACGCUGCCCAGUCGCCUCGAAAUGUCUCGUGUGUCAGAGGAGGAGCGAUAGGACGGGGUGUAGAUCGCGCGUGAACCGACUCAAAAUGCAAAAAAGAAAAGAAAAAAAAUAAAGGGAAAGAAAAUCAAAAGUAAAA